GUCUAAUAGCAGCAAAGGGAAAGUGGAGACCCCAAAGACACCCACGAGCCCCUCUUCCCCUACAUUUUCUCCAUCCACCUGCUGCUUGGCCCCUUGCUACCUCACGGGAGACUCUGUCCGGGACAAGUGUGUUGAGAUGCUCUCAGCAGCCCUGAAGAUGGACGACGAUUACAAAGAAUAUGGAGUCAACUGUGAUAAGAUGGCAUCAGAAAUUGAAGAUCAUAUCCUUUUGGGCGUCCGCUGGCUCCCCAGAGACAGGCCCUCCCCACCCAGGGGUCCCAGGAAGGGCCUCGGGGGCUUGCCCGUUCUCAGUGCCCCAUGGAGGCUGAGACGGGGAGUCACACCGGGUCUAGGGGAGUCUAGCCUUCACCCUUAG